UCCGCCGCCGUGUCGCACCUGGAGGGCGAUCCGGUCCGACUGGACUUCCCGAACAACUUCUGUCGGAGUUCCGAGGACCUUCGGAGAAAGCAAAGACAACAGAGCCAGGAGGAAACGCUCUCUGCCUCCUUGCCAGUGGUUUUCUUUUGGGCUCCUUUCUGACAUCCCGAACUGACUUUUCAUCUCCACAUCUGUCCUCCAAUCCGCUCCCGACCUGCGGGGAGCCGCGGCGGUCCGGGUGCUCGGUCUGGACGGGAAGAACAGCCGCACGGUCCGGGAAAGGAUGCCGCACAGAUACUGGAUCCACAGGUGUGCUUAAACAAGCAUCCAGGUUCAAACCACCCCUCUGGCAGACAUGAGGAACAAAGGGCUGAAGACGCAGUCCUGAAGAUUGAUGGAGGGCCAUGCUAUUCAAACAGCAGGCACUGCUGAGACAGAAGCUCUUCGUUCUGGGCAGCCUCGUGAUUGGAAGUGUCCUCUAUCUUGUGGCCAGGGUUGGGACUUUGGAUAGGUUACAACCCAUUUGCCCCAUUGAGAGCAGAUUUCACCCAUCUGAGCCAGAGCAAAUCCCUCUUCGAACGCUACAGUUUAAACGCGGGCUGCUCCACGAAUUACGCAAAGGCAAUGCCUCCAAAGAGCAAAUCCGCCUGCACAACCUGGUCCAGCAGCUGCCUCGGGCCAUCAUCAUCGGCGUUCGCAAAGGGGGCACCCGGGCCCUGCUGGAAAUGCUCAACCUGCACCCAGCCGUGGUUAAGGCUUCGCAGGAGAUUCACUUCUUCGACAACGACAAAAACUACGCCCGUGGAAUUGACUGGUACCGGGGUAAAAUGCCCUUCUCCCUCCCUCACCAGAUCACAAUUGAGAAGAGCCCUGCCUACUUCAUCACAGAGGAGGUUCCCGAGCGCAUCUUCAAGAUGAACUCUUCCAUCAAGCUGCUGAUUAUCGUCCGAGAGCCCACCACCAGAGCUGUUUCUGACUACACCCAAGUGCUUGAGGGCAAGGAGCGCAAGAACAAGACUUACCACAAGUUUGAAAAUCUAGCCAUUGACGCCAAAACAUGCGAAGUUAACACCAAAUACAAAGCUGUCCGCACCAGCAUCUACACAAAACACCUGGAGCGCUGGCUCAAGUAUUUCCCUGUGGAGCAGUUCCACAUAGUGGACGGGGAUCGGCUCAUUACUGACCCGCUGCCGGAGCUGCAGCUGGUCGAGCGUUUCCUGAAUCUCCCCUCCAGGAUUAGUCAGUAUAACCUGUAUUUUAACGCCACCAGGGGAUUUUACUGUCUGCGAUUCAACAUUGUCUUCAACAAGUGCCUGGCCGGCAGCAAGGGCCGCAUCCAUCCUGAGGUGGAUCCGUCUGUAGUGACUAAGCUGCAGAAGUUCUUCCACCCAUUUAAUCAGAAGUUUUACCAGAUCACUGGAAGAACAUUUAACUGGCCAUGAAAUUUGUCUUUCAUACAAAAAAAAAGACUAAAAAAAAAAAGCUCUCACAAGGUAUGAACAGCACUUUGUUUAGUUUAAUACAAGUAUGAUAUUGUGACCAAAUAAUACUUGAUGUAAGUUUGCUCUAUGUGUGUAUAAUGCAACACAAUAGUUUGAUGUUUUCAAGUCAGUUUACACGUCUGUCUGUGUUUCUCCUCCUGAAAAAACAUUUUCAUGCAGUGUGUUUACAAUUACUUGCUAAGUAAGAGUUAGAGAAGCGUAACUUCUUGGACUCUUCUAGAUUUUAUCAUGUCCCAACCUGUGGAAUGAGUGAAAUCUGAAAAUGUUGGAGUGCAUCUGAAAUCAGAAUCCUUUUUAAACCCCUAAACAGAUGAAAGUGGAGCUAAUUAUGCAAUAGAUCUGAGAAUAAACAGCAGUAUGAGGCCCAAUGGACACAGCAGACAGCAGAGAAAGCUUGGGAUGUUGUUUUGGAAAAUUAGGUUCCAAAACAACAUCCCAAGCUUUGAACAUCUGAAAUCUCUGUUCAAUCUAUCAUCUGAAUAUGGAGAGGUUUGCAGAGGACGGCCCAACUGCAAACCUUCCAAGACCUGAACAUUCACUUACACUCUGAGAACAGGCAGCGAGAGCAGUGGUCAGAGGAGCAGCCCUGGUGCACCUGGAGAAACUGCAAAGAUCCAGAAAUCAGGCGGGUGAAUCUCUCAACCAUUAGUUGUCAACGUCACAGAUCUGACUUCUAUGAAAGAGAUGCAAGAAAGAAGUAAUUGAACGAAAGCCAUCAGCAGUUCAGUUAGACGCGCUGAUAUUGGACACCUAAUUAUCUUAUGCAUCAUAUACACUAUGAUGCAUAUGAUUUGCAGCAUUGUUUGUUAUGCUGCAGUAAUUGUGAAGCAUUCUUUCUUCAGUCAGAUGACACUGAUCUAAAAGUCACCACAGUCUGAAUGCAAAGCAUUGUGGGUAAGAUCACAACUACUGAUAUGCCUUCCUGGCAGAUUUAGAACAGGUAAUGAGAUGGACAUCAGAUUAUCACAUGAAAUAAAUAAGUUAUUUAUUUUUAUUUCAAUGCAAUUAAAAAUUAGCACACUGAAAAUUAUGCUUUUCAGUAGAAAAAUACUUGACAACCAUUAAACCCUUGUUCAAAUUGCUGGCUGGCUCUUUGGAUGUUUUCACCGGAGUUUUAACAGUUUAUUUUUUUUAGCUCAGACUAAAAUAAAUUAAAUCUCUGAUGUUUUAUAUCAAAUAUGAUUUCUGAUUUAAAUUAAUUUUGUAUUUUGUAAAAGAAAUUGCAAAUAUUUUCAAAAACAUGCUUUUAUUUUGGCCAUUUCUUCUGGUAGUUGACCUGAAUUCAAAGUCUAAAUAAAUACAAGCUACAUGAAACAUGAUGGCGGCUCUGGGGAGACUCACUCGCUCUGAUCUAUGGAAGCACAAGGAGAGUAUUGGUGAAAAAAGUACAACAAAUUAAAUAUUCAUAAACAACAAAUUUGAUUAACCGAAUAAAUAAUACAGCACAGAGUAUUUCAAUUUGGAACAUCUCCUUGCUGUUACUCAUUUUAACUCCCUCCACAGAUUCUCUGUCAAAUUUGAAAUGGGACAGUGAAAAUGACCUCAAAAUCACAAGACAUGUGUUGGAAAGACAAAAUGUAAUUGCAGCUUAUGUAUAUUAUCCUGACUCACAAUAAAUUUCUCAAUUCACUUUACAAUAAAAUCUAUAUUUUGCAGCAAUAUUCGCAAGAUAUUGCUGGGGAGCACUGUCAGAACAUGCGGGUAGCACAUGUUCUGAUAGAACCUGCAUUUAAAAGGACGGAUAUUCUAGUAGAACAAGGUUGAGUGUGAGCAUCCAUCUGACACAAGCAACGAAUCCAGAUUCCAAUCCAACUGAAAACCUGUGACAAGAUUUCAAAAUCAUUAUUCAAAGACGUUCUCAGUCCAGUCUGUGGUUGAGCUGUCUUACUUUCCUGUCUGACUGCUCUCAAAUAAAGGCAAGUAGGGCCAAUGAAAACUUUUUAUCAUUUUGGUUUUGCAAAGAAAAGACAUUUAGUUUGAGAGCUGUGUUCUACAAAGCACUGACUCAACAGAGCUGAAUACUCAUGCACAACAGUUUUCAAAUUUUAGUUGUAAAAGAAAUUAGAAGAGUGUUUGAUUUUCUUUAUGCAGUGCAAGGUUGUGUUGAUCUACCACAUACAAUCCCAACAAAACACACUUAAGUUGAGUUGUUACAUGACAAAAUGUGAAAAUGAGUGUGUUUUCAAGACCCUGAACCUACAAACGGUUGUUUUUAAGACCAUCCUCACAGACGUCCAUAGGGUUAAGAUAAAGUUUAAAUGUAAACCUUUGAAUCAAGAUAAAGCAGAUUUAAGAUGACAAAAUGAAAUAAGUUUUUUGUUAUUACCUUGACCCAAACAGCAUGUUCAGUUCAGGAGCCAUAACACCAUGGUCAAAUGGUUUAAAUAUCAUCCACUAGUUUUCAGUCUUUAAUUUAACAUUAUCUUAGGCUAACCUGUUGGCCUGUAGCAUCCUUUGGUUUUCAGCAGAGGUUAAUUUGUCCUGUGCAGAGUUAGAAUUAGCCUGGCUUAUUCAGAUUUAACUGGACAGCUUUUAGGACAACUGUUCUCAGGUGGAAUAUGUUGUUAAAAUGAGAUGUUCUUAUUGUAUGCUUCCUUCCAACAGAGGUCUUGAUAAUAAGACUGUUUUAGACACAGUGUAAAAAUGGGUUUUACACAUUCUCAAUCCAUCUUGGAAUAAUCACAUGUGUAGUUAGCACCACUAAGUGCUAUCAGGUAGCCUGGCAAGCUCUAAAUUCAUCAUAGCUUUCACAAACUGAUCUUGUAGUUUUAAUUUAAUGAUGUAUUGUCAUGUGGCGUUUAUUUUCCUAAGUUCACCAAGCCAUGCUGCAAAAGCCACAGUAGGUAAAAUAAUGUUGUCCUCUAAUGAUUCCUGUCAAAUUAAGUUAAAUAGAUUAUGAUCAGCAACAUUUGUCUGUUUCAAUGGGAACAUGCAUUAUGUAUCAUAAUUGUGUUCUUAAAAAAUA